AUGAAGUCCGACUGUAUGAGACGAGGAGGGGGAGGUUGCAUCUGGUGCCGCGCUUUCGAAGACUGGAGGAAGGCCUGGAUGCACCAGCAGCUCCGAGGGGAGCGGCCUGCCCUCGUCCUUGUCCUCGAUCUCGUAGCCCGCCCGAGAGCUGCCAGGGCGGAGUUUGGAGAAGGCGCCGAUCAGCUGCACCGAUGUCCCCACACGCUGCUCUUCUCCGCGACCUGCCAGACGCGGGGACCCGUCGGCUGCGUGCUGGUACUUGGCCAGGAGGUGCACCCGGGCGCCUGCAGCAAGGAGCAGAAGCCAUUCCAGCAUGACCUCAACCAGGGCACCCCCGAGCAAACGACGGCAACCAAUGCCCAUUUUCUCUUCCACGCCUGA